AUGGCAGACGCGAACACAGUAUACGUCGUGACGGGCGCCAACAGGGGGCUCGGGCUUGGACUCACAAAACGGCUACUGGAACGCCCAGACACCACUGUCGUAGCCUCCGUCCGCAACCAAGACGCGGUCGCUAGGCUAAAAGCAGAAGUUGAGACUGUUGCCCUUGGCGAGAACAGUGUCCUUCAGAUCGUCGAACUGGACUUUUCAACUGCCACCCCCCCAGAGCAGAUCACACAGAGCUUCUCCGCAGCAGCCAGUACAGUGGCACAUGUCGAUGUCCUCAUCUGCAAUGCCGGAUAUGCCACGUCAAUGAUUCCAGCCCUUGAAAUCUCGGCGGCAGAUCUCCGUACCUCAUUCGAGGUCAACACCAUUGCUCCGCUUUUGGUAUUCCAGGCCUUGUGGCCGCUCUUGCAGAAAUCGACCUCUGUGCCCAAGCUCGCGGUCAUCUCCUCUUCAGUCGGCUCAAUUGCUGAGCAGGAACCUCUCCCAGGCGGAGCUUAUGGCGCCAGUAAGGCAGCCUCCAACUGGCUCACUAAGGCUCUUCAUAAUCAACACGAGGCGGAUGGCUUGGUCGCGUUUGCUCUGCAUCCUGGCUGGGUGCAGACGCGCGCGGGGGAUUUCGUUGCGAAGGAGUGGGGGUUUUCUGAUAGCCCACCAGUGACUGUGGAGGAUAGCGUGAGGGGUAUGCUCAAUGUUAUUGACGGCGCUACAAGAGAGAAUGUGUCGGGGAAAUUUGUUUCGCAGACUGGAGAUCUUUUGUCGUGGUAG